ACUAACAGAUAAAAUGUUGUUUGGCGGUGCAGUGGGGUUGCUUGCAUUAGGUUUCCAUGUUAUAUUUGCCGUUGAACCGCAGUGCUUAUCCAGAUUUGAUUAUGACGAAAAGAUGCUGCUGAAGUUGCUUCGCAUAGAAGAUAAGCUUGAACACAUUGAACAAGUUAUACACGAUAUCAAAUCAGUUCAGCUUGAAAAUUUAAAACAAACGGGUCAGCAGCUUCGAAUGGAGAUGAACGUUUUGCAAGAGAGCAUGGCAACCACAGCAGAACAUAGUAACAAGACGGCGACUCUUUUAAAUGACAACAUUUCGAUAACUAAUGCAUCGAUGAGCCUGCUUCAGACGCAGACGAAGACUCUUUUAAAAGACUGUCAGGAUAACAUUUCAAUGAUAAAUGCUCCUAUGGGCUUGUUACAGACGCAAAAAAAUACGAGAAGAGGUCCCACUAUUGCCUUUUUGGUGAAGAAUCCAGCAUUCGAAUCAAACAAAGUUAUUUUCAAACAUGAACUAUUAAACGAAGGAAGGGCUUUUACACCUGAGACUGGUGAGUUUUUGGCACCACUUCCGGGCCUCUACUAUUUCAGCUUCCAUCUGUUGGCAUCGCUAUCAAACACACGUACAUAUUGUCGUUUGUUCAAGAAUCGUAACAUUCUUGAUUUAUAUGCAUACGCAGAUGGCACAACUUCUUCCCACGACAGUGCAAGCAUGUCGGCGUUUAUCACCCUUAAAAAGGGGGAUGUUUUCCAUGUUGGGGGUUGCGGGGGAUAUCCAAGUGUAUCAUUCGAUGGUACUACAACAUUUACGGGCGCCUUGAUUCAAGUUGACUAGGUGUAGCUGGUAGCAAUUCAAAAAAGUAAGUGUUUUAAAAAAUUGCUACAUUCGGCCCUUUGGUCGCCUUUAAGAGUGUGACGUCGUUUUAAGACUUGAAAUGCCCCAGUUGACCCAGCCACAACACUGAAUAGUGCUCGGAUUAAAGUGUAUGCAGUGAAAAUAUCUCAGCGAGUGUCUCGUUUAAGAGAAUGACUUUUUAAAAGUUUAAAUUUAAACGAAAAUUCAUGUGAAUCAUUUACAAUGUGUGUAUAUCACGUGAUAAAUUACGUCACAAAUGCUACGCUAGGAAGGCAAUAUUUUGCUUCCAAUUUGAUUUAAAAAAAAUACCACUUUUCUUUUUGUUCACAAUUUUAAAUGAAACAAAGGGCAGUAAAUAACUAUAAAUAUUAUACCUUACAUACAUGUGUCCCUUCUUUGUGUAUAUUAAGAUGAUCGGGCCAUAUAUCAAUGUAUUUUAAUUAAAUUCCAGUUCUUAUGACGUCAGCGGUCCAUAUCACGUCUUUGGCCGGUCUUAUCAUGCUAUGUAAAAUAGACAAGAACAACUUUAUGAUAAACCUGCUUCUUAACUUUUCCUUUAUAUCUAUCUAUAUGUUCUUUGAAAACAUGUACUCCUUAAAACAAUUACAUCUAAUUGUGUUGUAAAUAUUUAUUAUU